ACAGCAACAAGGGACUGGAGCCUACCAAAAUGAAUCUCUUCUGCUUUUCACUGGAAGGCUCCAUGGACAGCUUGUAUGAGCCAGUCCCAGAGCAACAGACUAACCAAGAAAGCACUUCUGUCGGGACUGGUUCUGUUAUCUCACCUUUUGGAGAGAGUGGAAAAGCACACAACAAUCUCUUCAUGGAAGUUUCUAACUUUGAGAAUGCACAACCAAAAAGAAAGUCAAUCCGGAGAUCUAUGUCUGAAAACGAAGGAUUUGAAAGGAAAACAGUGAGUGACACAAUCUGGCAGGAACCCCGCAAGCCUGAGAAUGAUUCCCACAUCAGAAGACUCUGUCAGCUAAAAGAUCUAAAUGAGGAUGAUUUUCUUUUGAGUAAUAACAUGCAUACUUUUCAAGGAAAAAAACCACAAGGCAUUUCCUGUCAGGCCGUAAAAUCAGGCGGUGACCUAGCGGAAUCAACGGGGACGUUAAAGAGACUACAGAAACUGGUCUGGGCCAAGAAAGCCAGGGCCCCCAGUCUGAAGGAGACGAAACCUGCCUUCGUAAAUCUCCAAGAUGAAGAUGAAACAUUGAUUUCCUGUAUGAAAUUAGCCAGAUCCCAAGAAAAGAAAAUUAGUAAUGUUAGCACAAGAGGAAAGGAAGAAAUGGAGAUUGGAUGGGAUUCUAUUUCUGCAUCACGGGCUAGAUCCAGCACUUCAACUGGAUGCAAUUCAGCAGAAAUGUUAUCCCCCAAAGAAGGUGAAGUUCAGAUGUGGAACAGCUGGAAGCCUUUUCCAGAAAACCCUCUCUGGACAUGUGUUGAUUUCCCAAUUGCCCAAAUUGGACCCUGGAACAACUGUUUCCGCUGCCCUCACCACCCACAACUGAAGUCUUCUUAUACAGAUAUGGAUCUCCCACACUCUUGGCGCAGCAGCAGUUUUGGGAAUUUUGAUCGUUUUCGGAAUAAUUCCAUUUCAAAACCAGAUGAUUCAACUGAGGUAUAUGAAGGGGAACCCAUAAAUGAAAGUGGAGAACAAAAUAAAACUUCGAAUAAUGGAGGAGGAUUAGGGAAAAAAAUGAGAGUUAUUUCCUGGACAAUGAAGAAAAAAGUGGGCAAAAAGUACGUCAAAGCCCUUUCUGAGGAAAAGGAUGAGGAGGAUGGAGAGACUACCCUCCCGUAUCGGAACAGUGACCCAGUGAUUGGAUCUCACACAGAGAAGGUCUCCCUCAAAGCCAGUGACUCCAUGGAUAGUCUCUACAGUGGGCAGAGUUCAUCAAGUGGAAUAACAAGCUGUUCAGACGGUACGAGUAACCGGGAUAGCUUUCGACUUGAUGAUGAUGGCCCCUACUCUGGACCAUUCUGUGGCCGAGCCAGAGUACAUACUGAUUUUACACCAAGCCCCUAUGACACUGACUCCCUCAAAAUCAAGAAAGGAGACAUCAUAGACAUUAUCUGCAAAACGCCAAUGGGGAUGUGGACAGGGAUGUUGAACAAUAAGGUGGGAAACUUCAAAUUUAUUUAUGUGGAUGUCAUCUCCGAAGAGGAAGCAGCCCCCAAGAAAAUAAAGGCACACAGAAAGACUGGAAAGGAAAAACCCAAGACUCUGCAGGAGUUCCUAGAGAAGAUUCACCUUCAGGAAUAUACCUCAACACUUUUACUCAACGGUUAUGAGACCCUAGAAGAUUUAAAAGAUAUAAAAGAGAGUCAUCUCAUUGAAUUAAAUAUUAAAAACCCAGAAGACAGGAUGAGAUUACUAUCAGCUGCUGAAAAUCUCCUUGACGAAGAAACUAUUCAAGAGCAAGAAGAUGAAUCUGUGCCCCUAUCCUUAAGCCCAGACAACUCCUUAAAUAAGUCACAGUUAGACGACUGCCCAAGGGACUCUGGUUGUUAUAUCUCAUCAGAAAAUUCAGAUAAUGGCAAAGAAGAUCUGGAGUCUGAAAAUCUCUCUGACAUGGUACGGAAGAUUACUAUCACAGAGCCAAGUGACUGAACACACAUUCUCAACUAUAUAUGUACAAAUGCAUUCCAUUUUAACUCUACUUGAACUAAAAGAUCAAAUAAAUGGGAGAGAAAGAAAACAUUUGGCAAUACAACCUAAAGAGAAAGUGUUUUAAUCUGAAUGAUUUUAUAUAAAAGUUCAUGUCUCUAACAUUCCCAAUUAUUGUAAAUAGUAUGUAUAUUUAUUAUUUUAAAUGCUACAUGUUAAUAUUUCACUUGCCUAUAUUAGAAAAGGCAUAGUAUAAGUCUUUGAUAUGUGUGACAUAAGCUAUAUUCAGCUUUGUUUAAGUGUGAAAUGAUAAAUUCUGCAGGAAAAAAACUCCUCUUUUUUUCAUACCUGUUGGUUUUGCAUUUGUGUCUAUUAUUCAAUAAAUAGUAAUGAACCAUU